AUGGUCGAUGAAUUGCAUGCUCAGUCGUCGGUUCUCGAAAGGGAUUUGAACCUGCCGCAGGUUAUUGUCGCUGGAGAUCGCCCGACCGCUGCGGCCAGUCUCAUCGAAGCCCUGAUAGGAGUCGUCUACCCCGAAACUAACGACAAGGUCGGAGCGGCGCUCCCCACCCACGUCGUACUCCGCUAUAGCGAACAGGAAGAGGUCAAUGUCUUCGUCGAGAGGUCUGUGGGUCGAAAUGGGAGCGGUACAGGGGCUGACUCUCCGCCCGCCCGCAGGAACGCGCAGCUUAGUCUCCCUUCGCCUGCCACCGCUGACGCGGGCGCGUUAGAGUGGCGGCCAGACGAAAGGGGAAUAUCGCCCGAGGAGAUACUGGGCAUUAAACUACUCUCCGACGACCGCCCAGAUUUCAGCUUCGUCCAUGUCCCUCACCUGGGCUCGGAUGCCAGCCACAGGCGCUAUCGAAACCCACCGAUAGCGCCGCAUAGUCGGAACCCGCACGGCGCCGUCUUUAUUCUCGUUACCUCGACCGGUGUCGGCGAGGCAGCGAGACUUGCCGCCGCCCAAUAUGCUCGGAAAUGUGAUCCACGCGGUCGUCGGACCCUCCUUGUCCUGACGGCCCCGAGAGCUCGAGGGGAUAAUGAUCCCGCUUGGAACCCCCCGGGCCCGCACGGCGACCUUCACGUUGAGCCGGAAACGGGUGUAGAAUGGCAGCCUGAGAUCUACAGGCUGGAUCCUUCGUUGGAUAAUACGGCCCAGGCCGCGGUGCGAGCGGAUGUGGUCACCUGGGCAACGAGGUUGGUUGUCGCUGAGCUCGACGCUUUGACCUAUUAUGUCGAGCAGAAUGCCCUCAGAUGCGAGCAAAUGCUCGAACGACUCGACGAGAGGUCACGCGCAGAACUCGUCUGUGUCGUCAAAGAAAUCUCGGAGAUGUUGGUCGCCGCAACCCACGAGCUAUGCCAGGUAGUUCGACUAGAGUACGACCCUUUUAUCCGUAGUCUGCACCACCAAGGGGAAGAGCAGCUCCAGCACAUCCCCUUCCAACGGCCCCAACGUCAGAGCUGUCUGUGGGACCGACAGCCAUUGUGGACUAACGUCGAUCUCAUGCAAGAUCCAGUCUUCCCUGAGCCCGUCCCACUCGAACAUUUCACCGAGCUUUAUUCGCAGUGUGCAGACAAGCUGGUGAAUUUGAUUGAGUUGUUCCUCGAGCGUGUCUGGGCGAUGGCGGAGAGGAUGGUGGACGUCACUUUACACGGCUUCCCCGGCGGCGACCUGGUGACAAUCAAUGCAAUCCGAGAGCAUAUAGUCACUCCUGCGAUGGGAAAUCUCCACGGGGGCGUUCGCGGGAUGGCGAGACAAAUUAUGGAUUCCUUCAGGGCCGCCUCGGCUAUGACGUAUGAUGUCUACUUCAAAGAAUUGAUGCUGAAGUGGAAGAAUAUGCAGUUCCGGAAGGCUAUGUCUCAAAGUUUUCAGGCAGAGCGACGUCACUCUCCGCACCUGUCGGUCGACGUGGAGGAUUGGUUGGCGCACCGGGCGGCCUGUCCCGUGUUGCUGAUGGAUGUCAGGAGUUAUCUCCGCAUAUACUUCCAGGCCAAGAUCGAUAAGGUCGUGAACGGUCUGAUACCACUCGUAAUCGAACACGGUAUUCUCGAGAAACUACCCAGCAUCCUCACCGCCACGGACGUGAAAAGCUUACCCGAUGAGAUCAUCGCGGCCGUAAGCCUUAGGAGACGAAUCGGUGGACAAUCACGGAUCGCCGUUGCGGGAGAGCUCUCCAAUAUGUCGGCCGCACAAACUAUCUUGUCAAAACUCCCGACACCCUCAGAAGGAAAUGAUGACGUCGAAGAUUUGAAGGUGGACGAUUUGGAUCGGACGGCUGAUGCUGGUAUUAUGGAAACCACCGUGACGGCGAGGGCCGAGAAUGAAGAAGGAGAUGGCUCGAAUUCGAGUUUCGCCGGUCAUGAAGAAAACAUGAGCUUCGAGAUCAUCUCGCAUCCCCAGCCACCGUUGGUGCCUAAAGCAGCUGCGGAGGACGACGCGCGAAGGUCACCUAGUCCGCUCUCGCUGAGUGGUGACGAUGUAAAACCUCGCCAUGCCUCUACCUCGAUAUGA